GCGUUUUUGGUGGCAGCAGCGACAACAAACAACCACCCAGACAGACACACCCUCGCUCACCAGCCCUUGCUUCGUUGCGUUGUUUGGUGGUGGUGGUGUGCCUCUUGUCAAGGACUAGCAAGCAAAAGCAAGCAAGCAAGCAAGCAAGCAAGCAACGUCGACAGGUGCACGAAGAUAUAGCAGCACCAUAGGAGGGAAGACCCCAGCCAAAUUGAUCGUAUCCUGGAGAGUAGGCAGCGCGUCUUCAUCCCACGACAACAGGCAGCCAUGCCGCUGGAAGGGGGUGAUGCUGCUGCUGGCAGAAGCAGUCCGCGGAUGCCGGCCCGCAUCUCCAAGGCGCAGAUCAGCGAGCCGUCUCUCAACCCGCCACAGGAAGUGACAAACAUGCCUGAGAAGGAGGAGCUGGAUCGGCUGUUCAGGCAGCUGAUGGAGAGCAUGAACGUGUCGCCGGAGCACGAGCAGGAUCUGCUGGCCAUGUCCGACGAGCGCAAGUGGAACCUCAUUCGCAAGAACGCGCAGAAGAAGGAGGCCCUGCCGCCAGACUACUUCUGCGACCAGCUCAGACGCCACCUCGACCCAGACCUGCGCAAGAAGCGCGUGAAGAAGGAGAAGCUCAAGGGCCUGGAGCCCACCUUCUCCCUGCUAAAGAAGCUUGAGGUGGCCCUGCGCACCAACCACGCCGGCUGGACGGAGGAGUUUUGCGACCACCCCAACACAGGUCACCUGCUGCUGGUGCAGUUCCUAGAAGCCCUGCCCGCCAUGCUCGAGUCCAAAGCAACAGCGCCCGCGCUGAUGAAGGAGGAGGAGGAGCACCACUUGUGCGUGCUCUGUGUCAAGGCGCUCAUGAAGCACGACUACGGGUUCCGCAAGGUCGUGCAGGAGGCAGGGUUCCUGUACAGGAUUGUGCGCUGUUUCACAAGCACCAACCCGCGCACGCGCGUGGCGGUGAUGCAGAUUAUGGCCGUAGUCGCCAACAACCCGAGCGGGGGCGCCGUGCGUGCGGUGGAGGCGUUCCACCACCUGUCGCUGCACCUCGGUGACACGGCGCACUUUGCCUCUGUGGUGGACCGGUUGCGAGAGGACAGCAUGGACGAGGACCUGAGCACGGCGUGCAUGACGUGCUUCCUCAGCAUGAUCAACAACGCCCCCGACCUGAACAUGCUCGUGUAUGUGCAGACAGACCUUGAGCAGGCCGGCAUUGCAGAUGUGCUGCCGGCGCUGGAGAACCACUACAGCAACAGGGUGCGCGGGCUUGUUGAGGAGUACGCGAACAAGAUGCUGAACGUGGACUCGAUUGUGAGCUCGAGGGACGAGCAGCGGGAGCUGUAUCUGCAGGCGUCUGACCAAGUCAAGGCACUGCAGGCGACGCUGGACGACGUGACGAAGCAGCGCGAUGAACUGCGGCAGCUGCACAAGGAGGCGCAGAUCAAGGCCAGCGACCUCCAGGACAGGCUCAAGUUGUCGCGGCGGGAAGCUGAGCAGUUGACGGAGAGCAUGGAGCGGAUGCAGGCUGAGAUGCAGAAGCAGUCGCAGUUGAUUGCCGACCAGGAGCGCCAGAUCAAGGAGGUCGAGGAGCACGCCAUGCGCACGGCCGAGCAACUUCGGCAGCAGCAGCGGCUGUUCAAGCGCCAGUCCUUCCGCGUUGGAGAGCGGACUGGUGGAAAGCCGGAGCCGGAGUCCGGCGACAAAGACGGCGCGGCCGCAGGAACAGAGGACAGCACAGCGGCAGGGGGCACCAUCCCGCCACCACCGCCCGCACCCCCGCUUCCAAACGGCAUCCCAGCACCGCCACCACCACCUCCUCCACCAAUGGGGCCAGACGGGGCCACGGGGCUGCCACCACCGCCACCGCCACCGCUCAUGAGCUACUCGUAUGCCCCGCCAGGCAUGAAGCCCAAGCCGCGGAUCACGCCAAACGUUGCGCUGCCAAUGCUCAACUGGGUGCCGCUGCGGAAUGUGACGGGCACCAUCUUUGAAGAGCUUGACGACCAGCCCAUCAUCGAGGCAUUCGACUUUGCUGAGUUUGAGCAAGAGUUUAAGGUGAAGGCGGUGACAAAGGUGCUCGACCAAGCGAAGAUCCAGAACAAGCGCAAGAAGGAGCGGGUCACUGUGCUUGAGCCAAACCGCGCUCAGAACUUGGUGAUCACUGUGCGGCGCAUUGGGCUUGACUACGAGGACCUGCGGCAGACCAUCCUGUCCACAGACAUCUCCAUGCUGCCCGCGGAGCACGCCGAGCUGCUGCUCAACUACAUCCCGGACGACGAGGAGGUGGCGGCGCUGGAGAAGCACAAGCACCAGAAGGAGCGGUUUGCUGAGGCUGAGCGCUUCAUGUUUGAGAUGCUCUCCGUCGACAGAUACGAGUCAAGGUUACGGGUGAUGGCGUACAUUGGGUACUUUGACGAGCUGGUGCUGACGGUCGUGCCGCAGAUGGAGGCUGUGAUCAGUGCGUCAGAAUGUCUCAUCAACAGCGCCUCCUUCCGAAAGCUGCUUGAGAUCAUCC